AUGAGACAGACAGGUCUCAUGCUGUUGGACAGAGUUUACCAUGAGACAGACAGUGCACUGAACUACCAAUUCUGUCAGCAGCAAAGCCACGUGAUCCGCCACAUGAUGAGUCACGUGAUCCGCCACAUGAUCAGCCACGUGAUCCGCCACAUGAUCAGUCACGUGAUCCGCCACAUGAUCAGUCACGUGAUCCGCCACAUGAUGAGUCACGUGAUCAGCCACAUGAUCAGUCACAUGGUCACCACCUCCAGUCUCGCGACAUAA